GGCCGGCUCUUCUCUUCAUCUCAUUUUUCUCUUCUUCCUCUCACACACAAAAUUUUUGCACCUCUCACACUCCAAUAAAUCUCUAUUUUUUCUCCACCAUUUUAACAAGAUUAAGGGCAUUCAUCUAUCCAAGGGUUAGCAAUAUCAUCCUUUCUUCCGGCGUUCCUAAUUUAGCACAUCUCUUUGGUAGUUUUAACUCGUACUAUUUUUCUAGUGCUAGCAAGGUGUUCGAUGAAAUUCCUAAGUUAGGGGUUUUACUUUUUUAUAAUCAAUUUGAGCUGAAAUUAUGGUAUAUUUUGUAGGUUUUAAUUAGUAUCAUCCCCGUCCUUACCGCCGUCGAUCGCCAGCGUCGUCCCCUAGCCGGCACCGUACAACCUCGAUGAAUCGACAAUGGAUGUACGGUGACCGGUGCCGUCCCGACUUCAUUAAUGGCAUGCAUUAUUUUCUCAACGUGGCUGAGGCAAACAGGCAGUCGAAUGGUUUCAUCUAUUGUCCAUGUAGUUCCUGUAAGAAUAUGACGGAUUACUCUACCUCAAAGACCAUUCACGUCCACCUGCUGCAGAACGGUUUCAUGCCCAGCUAUAAUUGUUGGACCAAGCACGGAGAAAGAGGGAUUAUAUUGGAAGACAACGAAGAAGAAGAGGAUAGUGACAACUAUCCUAUGUUCACUGAAGACGGUGAUAGUAGAAUGGGGGAAGACGAAGCUGAAGAAGAGCCCAUAUUUGAUGAGCCCAUUUUUGAUGACCCCGAUGACGAUUUGGGUCGGGCCAUUCUUGAUGCGAAGAUAAGCUGCGGAAGUGAAAAGGAGAGGUUGAAGUUGCAGAAAAUGUUAGAGGAUCACAAGACACUGUUGUACCCAAAUUGCGAAGAUGGCCAGAAAAAGCUGGGUACCACGCUGGAAUUGCUGCAAUGGAAGGCAGAGAAUGGUACUUCUGACAAGGGAUUUGAAAAGUUGCUGAAAAUAAUAAAGAAGAUGCUUCCAGGGGAGAACGUAUUGCCCUCUAGUACGUACGAAGCAAAGAAGGUUGUCUGCCCUCUAGGAUUAGAGGUGCAGAAGAUACAUGCAUGCAUCAAUGACUGCAUCCUCUACCGCGGGGAGUACGAGAAUUUGAAUGCAUGCCCGGUAUGUAGUGCAUUGAGGUAUAAGAUCAGGCGAGAUGACCCUGGCGAUGUUGAGGGCGAGUCCACCCCCAGGAAGAGGGUUCCUGCGAAGGUGAUGUGGUAUGCUCCUAUAAUUCCACGGUUGAAACGUUUGUUCCAAAACAAAGAGCAUGCCAAGUUGUUGCGAUGGCACAAAGAGGACCGUAAGAAAGAUUUGAUGCUGAGACACCCCGCUGAUGGGUCGCAGUGGAGAAAAAUCGACAGAGAGUUCAAGUCAUUUUCAGAUGACGCAAGGAACUUAAGAUUUGGUCUAAGUACCGAUGGCUUUAAUCCUUUCGGUGAGCAGAGCUCCAGUCAUAGCACCUGGCCAGUGACUCUAUGUAUCUAUAACCUUCCUCCUUGGUUGUGCAUGAAGCGGAAGUUCAUUAUGAUGCCAGUGCUCAUCCAGGGCCCGAGGCAACCCGGCAACGACAUUGAUGUGUACCUGAGGCCGUUGGUUGAAGAACUUUUACAGUUGUGGCAUGACGAAGGUGUACCUGUGUGGGAUGAGCACGAACAAAAGGAAUUUAACCUACGGGCGUUGUUGUUUGUAACCAUCAAUGAUUGGCCUGCUCUUAGUAACAUUUCAGGGCAGUCAAACAAGGGAUACAACGCAUGCACACACUGUUUAGGUGAGACUGACACUAUAUAUUUAGGAAACAAGAAUGUGUACCUAGGGCAUCGUCGAUUUCUUCCAAAACAACAUCACGUAAGAAAGAGAGGAAAGCAUUUCGGAGGUGAGGCAGAUAACCGGACGAAGCCUACCCGCCCUACUGGGGAAGUUAUAUAUGAUAUGGUCAAGGAUUUAAAAGUGAUCUUUGGAAAGGGUCCCGGCGGACAAUCUGUUCCGAAUGUUGAUGGACAUGUACCCAUGUGGAAGAAGAAGUCGAUAUUUUGGGAGCUACCCUACUGGAAAUUCUUAGAGGUUCACUCUGCAAUCGACGUGAUGCACGUGACGAAAAAUCUUUGCGUGAACCUGCUAAACUUCUUGGGCGUGUAUGGGAAGACAAAAGAUACACCGGAUGCACGGCAGGACCAGCAAAGUAUCCACGAAGGAAGCAACCUGAAUCCAGAGAAGUAUCAAGGUCCUUCCAGCUACGCUCUUACCAAAGAAGAGAAGGAGAUCUUUUUUGAAGUCCUGAGUAGCAUCAAGGUCCCGUCUGGCUUCUCGUCGAACAUAAAGGGAAUAAUAAACAUGUCUGAGAAAAAGUUUCAAAACCUAAAGUCUCAUGACUGCCACGUGAUUAUGACACAAUUACUUCCGGUUGCAUUGAGGGGGCUUCUGCCGGAAAAUGUUCGAGUACCCAUUGUGAAGCUAUGUGCUUUCCUCAAUGCAAUUUCUCAGAAGGUGAUCAAUCCACUUACUCUACAAAAUUUACAGAAGGAUGUGGUCCAAUGUCUAGUCAGCUUCGAGUUGGUGUUCCCACCAUCCUUCUUCAAUAUUAUGACACAUCUCCUAGUUCACCUGGUCGAAGAGAUUGGCGUUCUCGGUCCUGUAUUUCUACACAACAUGUUCCCUUUUGAGAGAUUCAUGGGAGUCUUAAAGAAGUAUGUUCAUAACCGUGCUAGGCCAGAAGGAAGCAUCUCCAAGGGCUAUGGAACAGAGGAGGUCAUUGAGUUUUGUGUUGACUUUAUUCCUGACCUUAAGCCGAUCGGUGUUCCUGAAUCACGCUAUGAGGGGAGACUGCGUGGAAAAGGCACGCUAGGAAAGAAAGCAAUAACGUGUAUGGACGGACAUUCUUUCACUCAAGCACACUACACAGUUCUACAUAAUUCCAUCUUGGUGGCUCCGUACAAAGAGGAACACAAGGAUAUCUUACGCUCUAAAUACCCGGAGGAACGUGAAGAUUGGAUUGAUGGAGAACACAUGAAGACUUUCGGCGGUUGGUUGCAAACACGUCUCAUGAAUGCCACUGAUGACGAGCAGCUAUACUUGUUGGCCAAGCAACCUUCUUCGACUAUAUCGACUUUUCAAGGGUACGAGAUUAAUGGGAACACAUUUUACACGUUCGCCCAAGAUAAAAAGAGCACCAACCAAAACAGUGGUGUCCGCUUUGAUGCAGCAGAUGACAAUGGGAAGAAGGUCACAUAUUAUGGGUACAUAGAGGAGAUAUGGGAACUUGAAUAUGGACCUAAUUUCAAGGUCCCUUUGUUCCGGUGCAAAUGGUUCAACCUGAAAGAUGGGGUACAGGUAGACCCGCAGUACGGAAUGACUACAGUGGAUCUCAAGAAUCUAGGGUACGACACCGAACCAUUCGUCCUAGCCAGUGAAGUGGCUCAGGUUUUUUAUGUGAAGGACAUGUCUAGCAAACCGAAGAAAAGAAAAGAAAGGCAAGAGGACACAUCAUACGAUGAGCCAAAGCGGCACAUAGUUCUUUCAGGAAAAAGAAACAUCGUGGGAGUAGAGGACAAGACAGACAUGUCAGAAGAUUAUAAUAAGUUUGAUGAUAUUCCACCCUUCAAGGUGAAAACUGACCCAAGCAUCAUCUUAAAUAAUGAAGAUUGUCCAUGGUUGCGUCGCAGUCAGAAGAAAGGGAAACAGACGAAGAAAACUCGGAAAACUAGCUAGAUAGGGAUCAUAACUUGUGUAUCUUAAUAUGGAAAUCACUUUUGUGUAAUGAUGUUAACAAUGGAGCUUUC